CCAUGUGGUUAGUAAUAAACUCCUGUAAAACUAUUAUUUAUUUUAUAACUUUAGUAUGGUUUUCAAAUUUAAUAAACUGUGAAGUUGCACCAAGUUCAAGGAAAGAUGAGGUAGUAUCGAGUGGACAAUGCGAAGCAAAAAUAAGGCAAUGUUCAGUGAAAACGGUUCCAAACUUCAGCAAAAGCCAUACUCUACACGGUGUGAAGGGUGAUCCAGGACAAAAGGGGAUUAAAGGCGAUAAUGGCCUAGAAGGCAUAAAUGGUCUACCUGGGUUAAAAGGAGACAAAGGAGAGAGCGGUCUUCAGGGACCACCAGGAACAAAAGGACACGUAGGAGAAAUUGGAUUGCCGGGCUUACAAGGGAAUCCGGGAAAUGAUGGUGUCAAAGGAGACAUGGGUCAAAAAGGGGAGAAAGGAGAAGAAGGGAAAAGAGGUUACGAUGGCAGGAAUGGGUUACCAGGGCUAGAUGGACUUAAAGGCGAUGCAGGUUUACAGGGCCCACCGGGAAUAAAUGGAGAGAAGGGAGAAAAAGGGUCUGAAGGUAACCAUGGAAUGCCCGGAGCACUAGGAAAUAAAGGAGAUUCGGGCAAAGACGGCCUGCCAGGAACGAAAGGAGAACCAGGUUUACAGGGAAUCAAAGGUGAUAAUGGCGUACCGGGAAUAAGAGGCGAAAGAGGAGAUAAGGGUGCACAAGGUAUAUCAGGACCAAAAGGGGACCGAGGAGAAAUGGGCCCAGCUGGUAGUCCUGGCGAGAGCAAACCCUGCACUUGUCCCCCAGGGCCGCCUGGGCCUCCCGGCCCACCUGGCCUGCCUGGUUUAACCGGCAAAGUAGGACCACAGGGACCACAAGGCCCACCUGGGCCAGGUAGUCCACUUCCAGGAAUCGGAGGUGAUGAAGAUGAAGAUUAAAUUCAGUACACAUAUGUGUUACAUUUAAUAAUUAGGUAUAUUAAAUUAUUAAUAUUAGUUUGUGAUAGUAAAACUUUUUAAAUUAUGCGAAAUUAACAAAUCCUUAUCGUAUUGAUUUUGAAUGAGAGACUAAAACCCUAAUAUUAACACAAUCAUGGUGGUUACAAAAAUACUAGUUUGCGAAGUAACAUUUCACUUUGAUAACAUACCAA